UCUGGAUGAAGGGAACUCAUGUCAAACAACAAUAAUUCAGACGCUUACCUCAAGAGAAGCAACUGCAAGCAUGCCCCGAGAAGCCGAACCCUCCGCCAACGAAAAGCAGUUUCUACUACAAGCCUUGCAAGAAGGGUUGAGGUUAGAUGGCCGUGCUUUCGACGAAUAUCGGAAGCUGGAUCUCACUCUUGGCGAUGAGUAUGGAACAGCAGAUGUGAGCCUAGGCCAGACAAGAGUGCUGGUGAACAUCUCGGCCGAGGUCACCGUUCCCUUCCCGGACCGCCAAUUUGAUGGCAUCUUUCAGAUCUCCACCGAGCUCUCACCCAUGGCCUCGCCGCAUUUCGAGCCCAACAGGACAACCGAGACUGAAAUCCUCCUCUCCCGCCUUCUCGAGAAGACGAUCCGCCGCUCCGGCGCCCUCGACACCGAAUCCCUCUGUCUCGUGGCCGGUAGCAAAGUCUGGUCCGUGCGCGCCGACGUCCACGUCCUCGCGCACGACGGCAACCUCGUCGACGCAGCCUGCCUCGCCACCGUGGCGGCCCUGCGGCACUUCCGCAAGCCGGACACCGCCAUCGAAUCCGGCGAGCUGACCAUCUUCACGCCCGCCGAGCGCGAACCCGUGCCGCUCGGCUGGCUCCACUCCCCCUAUUGCGUCACCUUUGGCUUCUUCGGCGACGAGGGCGAGACCGUCCUGCUGGACCCGGACUGGCGCGAGGAGCACCUCGCCGUCGGGAGCUGCACCUUCGGCCUGAACAAGCACGGCGAAGUGUGUCACGUGACCAAGCUGGGGGGCGAGCCUGUGGAGGCCACCACGCUGCUCAAGUGCGCUGCCAUCGCGGGGCAGAAGAUCAAGGAGCUCUCCGACUUGGUGGACGCGAAAUUGGCCGAGGACGGCAGGAGGAGAGACAAGGGCGGCUUGAUUUCGGAGUUGCUUUCGGCGGAGAACGAGAGAGUCCCAGACGCGUGAGGAUAGAAGGAGAGAAGAGGGAAAGGAAAAGGAGAACAGGGGAAAGGGGAAGGGAAACGGGCAGAGGAAAUAAAAAAAGUUCCAUUGGUCUAGCAUAAUGAGCAUCAAGGCCCGGUCAUGGGAGAAGAAGAUUUUCAAAAAAAGCAUUGAUACCCCCCAAAGAAAUCUCGACCCUUAUCCAUGAACCUCAUAAUUCCACUGAGAAAAGAAUAGAAGAAG